AUGACCAAUAUCACUACAGCAGCCAAGACCACUGUACCGGCAGAUAGCUCACAGAAUGAGGAGAAUGUCAGCUGGAUGGUAUUCCCCAUGGACGGAGGAAGUGAACGGGACAUCAACGAAACCGAGUCUGCACUCAGGGAGCUCUCGCCAGACUUGUACGCAAGUUACUUCCGAGAUGCUCUCAUAAUCUGGAUUAUUAUGGCUCCGGAGAGCAAGGUUAAGUAA